AUGAAUUAUGAUAUUGUUAUCGAAUCUCAUCAAAAGUUUAUUGAUGAUAUUUUAAAUAAUCAUUAUGGUGAAUCGAAACAUUUUUUUGAAUGGGUCGAUUCAAGAUCAUUAUCAUCAAAAAGAUUUAAAAAAAGAAUUCUAGUCGUAUCGGAAUAUAGAAUAUUCAGUAUAAAAAUUGGUAAAAUGUCAACAUCUUUAAAUAAAAAUAUAAAAUAUUUAGAUAUUUCAGAUAUUAUAGUUGUUGAAGAUACAAUAGAAAUUAGACAAAAGGCAACUUCAGUGGCAAAGAAUGGUGAUCAAACUGGUAUAUUAAUCAGAUCUCAACACAUGGAUAGUUUGCAAAAGAUACUUAAAUUAUUAAGAGAGAAAAUUAGAAAUAUUACACACAACUAUCCACCAUCACAACAGUUAAAAAUCAAUUCCCCAGACUCUUAUCUUUUGCCAUUGGAGCCACUCAAAGUAGGAAUUUGUGAUCAUUUUAUCGAAACCUAUAAAGCACAAUCAAACUACAGAAAUGCAGCACCAUCUUCAGAAGUUAUUCGUUUAGUUGAAAAAUAUAAUAACGAUAAUGUAAUUGAUUUCGAUUUGUCAAAAUGCCCAGGUUUAGAGAAUAAAAAUGACUUAAGCUUUAGUAUUGAAAUUGUAUUAUUAUCAUUAAGUUAUAAUUGUUAUUUUAAUUCAAUUAUAAUUAAUGGUUCAUCACAAAAGAAUAUUAUCCAAACUGCAGGUGAAGUUUUAAAGACAAAUUGUUUUAUUAAAAAGAUUUCAAUUUCAGGAUUAAAAGAAGACGAACAAUCUUUAGCAGGGUUAGGACACUCAUUGGGUGUAAAUGGUUUUAACACAUUACAGGUAUUGGAUUUACAUAGUAACAAUAUAAAUCAACAAUCUUUUUCAGUAUUUGCAGAGGGUUUGGAGUUUUUACAACAUCCAUUAAAAUAUUUAAAUUUAUCGGACUGUAAUUUAAAUUCGAGAUCAAUUGAAUUGUUAUUUCAAUCAUUAUAUAGAAAUCCAAAAAUGUCACAACAUAUCGAGUAUAUUAAUGUCUCAAAUUCUAAAUUUGAUGAACCAGGUUCAAAUUCAUUAGUUAAUUGGUUACAAAAAGUUAAAGAUAAUAACUCUAUCAAAUAUUUAUACCUUAGUAAUUGCAAUAUAAACUUAAUUACAAUCGGCGCGCAAUUAAGAUUUUUCUCAAAUAUUAAAGUUUUAGAUAUUUCAAAUAAUAGAUUAGAAAGAACCGAAAUUGAAGAGUUAAUAUCAUUUAUUAAAUCAUCAAAGGGUUUGGAAUCAUUGGAUAUUUCAAACUGCUCAUUAAAUCACGAUUAUUUCCUCUAUAUUUGCAACACUUUCAACAAAAAUGAAAAUAUUAAAAAGUUUUGUCUCAAUGUUUCAAACAAUCAAAUCAUAAAGAACCCAAGUACAUUUGUCAGUGCAGUUGAGUUUUUAAACUCGGUUCAUACUUUAAACAUUUCAAAUAUUCCAAUUGGUUAUAAAACUUUAAUUAGAGUAAUCGAUUCAAUAAGAAUUUACUGCAAAGAGUUAAAUACCUUAAUUUUAGACUCUACUUUUGCUGGUACUCAUACUGAUAAAGAAGGAUUCGAUUUUAUAAAUGAAGUUAAACAAUUACUAGACGAAACUAAGGGUUUAAAAGGUUUAUCAAUGGCAGGUGGCGAUAGUUUUAUUCAAUUAAAAUAUUUGGUGCCACUAAUGGGAUAUUUAGCUAACAGUAAUUCAACACUAGAACAAUUAAAUAUAUCCAAUAAUCAUCUUGGAGAUUUAUUAGCACCUUAUUUGGCAAAUCUUUUUGAAAAAAAUUCAACAUUAAAGAGUAUUCAAAUUGAUAGAAAUAAUUUUACAAUCAAUACCUACCAAACUAUAUUAUUAGGUAUUCAAAAUAACCACACCCUAGUAAAUAUUCCAUUCCCAACAAUAGAUUUCGAAAAAAUAUUAUUAAGUCUUUCAACUCCAGCUAAAAAGACACAACUAUUUAAUAUAUUAUCAAAGAUUGAAAGAAUUUUAGAGGAAAAUGGUCAGUGGGGUGUUAAAGAUCCUCACUAUUGUCCAACUCCAACCGGUAGUGGUAGUACUUUUACUAUAGCAGGUGGUAGCAAUAAUAAUAAUCCUUAUUCAUCAUCUUCAAGAUCUUUAGAAUAUAAUAAAAUAAGAAGUAGUACAGGUAGUCAUAGUAGUAAUACAAAUUAUCAAUAUAACCAACAAGAUCAAUAUGAUUAUAGUCAGCAAUCCGAAGGUCACUAUGAUGCAGAUGGCCAAUAUAUACCACCACCACCAGCCACAGCCACAACCUCAUAUGAAGACUAUGAUUAUUACAAUAAUAAUUACAACCAAUCUUUAUCAGUUAAACAAAAUGCAAAUAGAGCCACAAUAUCACCAACUUACAGAGCAGGUGGCAGUAAUGGUUUGGUUAAUGCCAUUAGCGAAAUUAAUUUUGAAGAUCAAAGAAAAUCCUCAAUAAAAAAAAUUUAA